AUGUUUAAAAUAAUCAUUUUUGUAAUUGGUAUAUAUGGAUUUGCUGGAGCAUUUCAACCAAGAAUUUCGGGUGGUUUUAAAACCUUAAUUGAACAAUUUCCUCAUCAAGUAUCGAUUCCUGCAUCAUGUUUUAUAAAAGAAGCAAUAAGUGAUUUAACAGUUGCUGCCGGUUCAGAUUCAUUAGAGGCACCACAACAAGUUUUACCAGUUGCUAAAACAAGAAUACAUGAAAUGUUUACUGAUUCAUUUAAUCGUGAUUGUAAUGUUGGAUUACUUGAAUUACAUGGAAGUUUAUUAUUUAGUCCAUCAACUCAACCGAUACCAUUACAACAUCAUCAGGCAUCAACAAGUACAGCUGCAUUAAUAGCUGGUUGGGGUGUUAUUGUUGGUACCGGUAGUAUAUCACAUGAAUUAAGAGCAGCUGGUUUAAGAAUUUUACCACAUGAAGAUUGUGUUAAUACAUUCGAAGGUAAAGGUUUUAGUACAGAUAGAAUGAUGUGCGGUGCUGUACAUGUUGUUAUACCAAUGGCUAAAAAUGAAGAAGCUGUUGGACCAUGUUCUGGUGAUGAAGGUGCCGGUUUAAUAUGUACCGAUGAAAUGGCAUUAUGUGGUAUUGCAUGGACAUGGAAUUAUGCAUGUGGUGUUGAAACACCAGAUCGUGCAAUAUCUGGUUAUACAAAAAUUAAUCAUCCAGAUAUUAUAAAUUGGUUAAAAAGAUAUGUUUAA